CGGAGGAGGCCGCGUCACCAUAGCGACCGGGGCCUCUUAGUCCGCGCCGAGCUGUUGGGGCGCCGCCAGCUGCGCCCCUUUGGGUUCAUUUCCUCCUUCUGCCCCGGGGAGACCUCAUCGUCUCGCCAAGUGAUCGGGCCCUUGUGACGUAGAGCCGAGCCAGGAGGAGGAGUCAGGGCCCGGGUGGGGAUGGGGCGCGACCACCCCAGGGCCGCUGGUGGGAUGGGUCUGUGCAAGUCCAAGCUGCCCGAGGUGGGCAGGCCCCUGCGACCCCAGGAGAAGGACAUCCUCAAGUCUCCCCUGAUCAUCUUCGUGAUGGGCGGCCCAGGUUGUGGCAAAGGGACACAGUGCAAGAACAUGGCGACCAAAUACGGCUUCCGCCACGUGGGGCUGGGCCAGCUGCUGCGGCAGGAGGCCCGACGCAGCACCCAGCGGGGCCGGAAGAUCUAUGACAUCAUGCUGCAGGGGCUCCUGGUGCCCACGGGCAUCAUCCUAGACCUGAUCAGCAGCACCAUGCUGUCUCACCCAGAGAGCCGAGGCUUCCUCAUUGACGGCUUCCCACGGGGGCUGAAGCAGGCCAAGGAGUUUGAGCGCCUUGUGAGUGACCCCAGGGUGUGCAAGCGUGCGGUGGGCCGGGCCCCAGACAUCGUCAUCGUGUUUGAUUGCUCCAUGGAUACAAUGGUCCGGAGAGUGCUGCACCGGGGCCGGGUGGAGCACAGGGCAGAUGACUGUGAGUCGGCCAUCCGCCAGCGCCUGGAGACCUACUACAUGCUGUGUGAGCCAGUCCUGACCUUCUAUCAGCAGAAGAACCUGCUCUGUAAUGUAGAUCUUGGCAGAAGAAGCUCCAGAAAACAUUUUUGCCAAGUGCUGCUCUGUCGUUGAAAGCCUGCAGUGACGGGAGGGGCUGGGGGCUGUCUCCCCCCCAUCCCAGAACACACAUAGGGCUCAGAAGGGGGACAGGCUUGUGAGGUAAGAUUUAAUUCUAUCUUCUAUGGCUGGCUCAACAUGAAGGAUCCCAAUUUUGAAAGAAAAAAAGCAUGAGACACACAGAAUGAGCGAGAGAGUGAGAGCCCAGCAUCGCCCAGGCUGUGACCUCCAAGCCACUCAGCAAGGGCUUCCCCAGCACCUCCCACAGCAGCUAUCGCUCUCUCGCCAAACAAACGAGGAAAAAAAAAAAAAAAACAAAAAAAACAAAACAAAAA